AUGAGUAGAGAACCGGCAAUGGCCCGUAACCGACACACCGAUGACAUUCUCAAUGUCAACGUUGGCGGUAAGCGAUAUACAGUUCGACGCACCGAUCUACUGGCAGAUCCAAAAAGUAAAUUGGCGGAAUGGUUUAAACCUGGUACUGUGAAACAGAUUGCUACCGACAAAGGAGGCAACUAUUACCUGGAUCGUGAUCCAAAAUCUUUUCGACAUAUCCUUGCAUAUUUGCGAUUAAAGAAAGAAAAAUUUGUCCUAUCACUAGCGUUACCUGCAAAACCGGAUGAUUUAGCAAAAUUGGUAGCUGAAUGUGAAGCACUGAAUAUGGUUGAACUAAAAAAUUUAGCACUUGAUGUUUUGCAAAAGUACCAGCGUACGGAAGAACAGCAUUAUGUGACAAGUUAUGUACAAAUUGCCCUCCGUGACUACGAAACGUGGCAGUUUGAUCGUGAACAGGGUACCAUAAUCAAGAAAGGUAAAGGAGGAAGUGCGGAAAUGGCGUCCGCAGUUACGUCAGCUUACGAUGAAUGGGACAAUAUGUGA